AUGUCCGACGCAGCUCGGUCCAGUGCUGAUGCCGAUAAGACUGACGAGAAUACGCCGGCAGCUGCAACAGCCACCAUGGAUGAGCUUGGUGACUUAGUUCUGGAUUUCGGUGUCGAUUCUAUGCCGGCUUGCUCGGUCUUUCUUCGUGCAGCCUCUCCUGUGUUCAAUCGCAUGUUGCAGAGUGGCAUGCAGGAGGCAAAGCAAGGCGUCAUCAAAGUUGAAGUAGCCAAGAAGGAGGAAUUUGCGAAUUUCUACAGCUUACUCUGGCCUGGCGAGUGGAGCCGUGACAGGGUUAGGGGGGAAAACGUCGACGCGCUUCUCGCCAUCGCAGACUAUUACGAGGUGGGCUUCGUGAAGCAUGCUUGCGAGGAUCAGCUGCUUACCCUCCCAGUGACAGGCCAGCGACUCCUCCAAGCCCACCAGACAGGUCUCCAUCGGCAGUAUGUGCGGUGCAUCGACUCCCUGGCGAGCUCGGACUGCAAGGAGGACCUGGUGAUGAUCGGCAAAGAAGCUCCAGAGCUGCUCUUGGAUGUGGCAUUGAAGAUGCAAGCGCGCUUCGGCCGGCUUUUUGGACUACAACAAGAUGUUGCCAGGUCCAGGGAGGUGAUCGCCAACACACCAUUCGGAACUGAAGGCUUAUCGGCAUACGAAACUCUUAUCCGUGGAGUGAAGUGCACUAAAGAGCUUGCCACCGAUUGGUCAGCCUGCAUAACCGAGCAGCCACGCAUCCUAAGGGUCCUCGAUGCAGUAGAGACAGCCUUGAAGUAA